AUGGCUGUCCUGUCACGUCCUGAACUGGCCUCUACCAUUAAGUGGUUCUUUUCACAGUCCAAUUUGAAAUGGGCCAUUCUCAUAUACGCCUUGUUAAAUCUGAAAUGCGUUCCCUUCUCAUGGCAUACUCGCCUCUUCUUCCACCUUAUCCGUCGCGUUCGAUGGCAACCCCAUGUCUACCCCAGUCCCAAGCUUCUUAAUGCCAAUAAAACAUGCCUCGAGCAGCAUCUUCACCCAAUUUUCACACCUGCGAGCCUGACAAGCCGCGCCCCUCUAUGGGAGAUAGAUUAUAAUAUGCACAAGUCGAAUAGCACAUAUUUCUCCGACCUGGAUGUUGCCCGUACAGUACUAGUUACAAAUCUUUACACGCCCGCUUUUGCGAUUCUACGAAAAGAAAUGGACAAGGAAGUUGACGCGGCAGGGAAAAGGAAAUACCCUCAUGGCCGGCUAUCGGUGAUGCUAGGAAGUGUAUAUUGCACCUUCAAGCAAGAGAUCAAACCCUACGAACUAUAUGAAAUGCGCAGCAAAGUCGCCGGUUGGGAUGAGAAAUGGCUCUAUGUUGUCACAUUCUUCUUUCGACCAGGAAAACGCAAGGGGGAAGGCAAAACCUUGCUUGCUGUAGGUGUGAGUAAAUAUGUCACAAAGAAGGGCCGUUUGACUAUUCGCCCAGAAAAGGUGCUCAGGGCUAGUGGACUGUUGCCUGAUCGGCCAGACGGGGAGGUCUCGACCGCUCCACCUUCGAUAGAAUCGCCCGCAAGUGGGGAGAAAAUUAACGCGGAUGACGGUCUAGAAGAGUCGGCACUUAGGGAAGUGUUGACACUGGGCGACAGCAUCAACUUAGAUCAGGCGUUGGUAGAGAAUGAUAAGAAAGUUCGCUCGACAUGGGAUGACUCGCUGUGGACUUGGGAAAAGAUUGAGCUAGAGAGGUUGCGCGGGCUGGCUACCGUGCAGGCGUUUAUUGACAUGGAUGCAAAGCUCUAUGAAGAGGCUGCAAUGACUCAAUGA